GCAGUCUUUUCCUUUUUUGUAUGUUUGAGACCUUUCGUCAGUUCGUCCGUUACCGUCGGCCUCACUGCCUUGUUUACGUUUUCUUUCUUAUUUUUUUCUGCUUUAAUAUGGCCUUGCUUCUGUUUUCUGCCUGUAACGCCUUGCUCCCUUUUGGGUCGAAAUGGUUCCGGUCAGGAUCCUGAGCGUGAACGCCCUGGCAUCGACACCAUCGGAGACAUCCUGCUGAAAAUCAUCCCCACUCUAGAGGAGUACCAGCAUUACAGCGGGAUUGAUUUUGACUCGGAGCUUCGCCUGCUGAUCCAUCAGAGCUUGGCAGGGGGCAUCAUCGGGGUAAAAGGUGCCAAGAUAAAGGAGCUGAGAGAGAACACCCAGACCACCAUCAAGCUGUUCCAGGAGUGUUGCCCGCACUCCACCGACAGAGUGGUGUUGGUGGGAGGGAAGCCGGAGCGCGUCAUUGAAUGUAUAAAGGUCAUCCUGGAGCUGGUGUCCGAGGCGGCCAUCAAAGGGCGGGCUCAGCCGUACGACCCCAACUUCUACGACGAGACGUACGACUACGGCGGCUUCACCGCGCUGUUCGAGGAGAGGGGCAGGCGGCCCAUCGGCGGCUUCUCCGUCCGCGUGCGCGGCGGCGGCGGCGGCUUCGAGCGCAUGCCCCCCCUGCGCGGGACCCGACCCAUGCCGCCCUCCAGGAGGGACUACGACGACAUAAGCCCCCGCCGCGGCCCCCCGCCCCCGCCGCCGCCGCCGCUGAGCAGAGGCGUGCGAGGGGGGAGCCGAGCGCGCAACCUGCCGCUGCCCCCGCCGCCGCCGCGAGGAGGGGGCGACGUGUUCUCUCACGGCAGCUAUCGUGGCGGCAUGGACGACAGGCCGAGUGACAGAAGGGGCCGAGGAGGAGACCGCUACGACAGCAUGAGUGGAGGUGGAUAUGGUGGCCGAGGCUCGUACAGCGACAUUGGAGGCCCGGUCGUCACGACACAAGUCACCAUCCCGAAAGAUCUGGCCGGCUCCAUCAUCGGUAAGGGCGGCCAGAGGAUCAAGCAGAUCCGCCACGAGUCCGGGGCGUCCAUCAAGAUCGACGAGCCACUAGAGGGCUCCGAGGACCGCAUCAUCACCAUCACAGGAACACAGGACCAGAUCCAGAACGCGCAGUACCUGCUGCAGAACAGCGUGAGGCAGUACUCUGGUCGCUUCUUCUGAGAAGAGGGGAUGAGAAGAGUGAAGCCAUGCUGCCAUACUGUCUCCUCAGAGCAGACAUUCCUCUGCUUGGCCUCCUCCCCGCACUACUACGCGCACGCCAUCCCACAGAGUAUAACACCACGCUGUCAAGCAGCCCACCACAUGUUUCUGUGGCGGUGUCAUUAUUUUUAACUUGAUUCCUGUGCCGUCGUUUGGAGUAAAGUCAUCUGUUUGAUAACUUUUUUUUGGUGUUGUGGGCUGCCCCCCCCUCCCCCCCCCCUUAUCUCCCUCAUUUCAGUACAGCAUGCAGAAUGUAAUCUUUUUGUAAGGAACAUUGUGUGAGUUUUAGUUUGUCUUAUUUAACCCCUCUCCAGCGCUUACUCACACUCAGUCUAAAACAACAUGCAUGUUUUCAGACGGGUCAAAUACCUUUUUAUUUUCUUCCCGUAUCUUUUUCCACUCGUAAAUAAAGUGCUUUUUUUUUUUUUUUCUUUCCUGGUAGGUCGGGCUUUUAAAGGAGUCGUUAAACAUGUUGGUUUAUUGUGUGUUUUAUUGUAGGUGGAGAUGGAUAAUAGUUCAACGAGCCAAUAGAGCUAUUUCUGUUUCCCAGAGUUUAAACAAGCCCGUUUCCCCAAAACUACUUUUUUUGAUUUAAGUUUGGAGGAAUGUGACGGUGUGAUUGCGGAAACGCAAGAUAUUUUGCGUUUCUCAAAGAAGGACGAGGAGCUGGAUGAAACACAUGUAUACAUUUGCAUAGCAGUCCGUUGAGAUUAGGUUAGAUGGGCCCAGAUUACUUUCUACUCUCUUGGCAGGAUAUUGCACCACAAAACAGGUUUGUGUGGUUUCUCUUUUGUUUGUUUUCUGCCACACUCUACAGGCUGUAUCACAACUUAAAU